ACCCUUGUCCACCAGAUACCAUUCUUCCCACACACCACACAAAUCUUUCCAAUCCAACUGUCUGCAACUACUUACUAUAAUCAUAGUUUACAACAACACACUCUUUUAAAACAAAAAACAAGAGAGGGGACUUGUGGUUUGCAAGCUUUACCAUAAUGGCAGCCUCAUUACAAGCAGCUGCUACAUUCAUGCAGCCUACCAAGGUUGGUCACUCGAACCGGUUGCACCUCAAGUCUUCUCAGAGCCUCUGCAAGGCCUUCGGUGUCGAGCCGGCUGGAGCCAGGGUCACUUGCUCCAUUCAGUCUGAUCUUAAGGACUUUGCUCAGAAAUGCACCGAUGCAGCCAAGAUCGCCGGUUUUGCUCUUGCGACUUCUGCACUCGUUGUUUCGGGAGCAAGUGCUGAAGGAAGUCCAAAAAGACUAACUUUUGAUGAAAUCCAAAGCAAGACAUACAUGGAAGUCAAAGGAACAGGUACAGCAAACCAGUGCCCAACCAUUGAAGGUGGAGUCAACGGCUUCGCGGUCAAAGCCGGCAAGUACAACGCCAAGAAAUUCUGCUUUGAGCCGACAUCUUUCACGGUCAAAGCCGAGGGUAUAAGCAAGAACUCUGCACCCGAGUUCCAAAAGACCAAGCUAAUGACCCGUUUGACAUACACCCUUGACGAAAUCGAGGGCCCGUUGGAAGUGUCAUCCGACGGCACCCUCAAAUUCGAAGAAAAAGACGGUAUCGAUUACGCUGCAGUGACCGUUCAGCUUCCUGGUGGUGAGCGUGUGCCGUUCUUGUUUACAGUCAAAGAACUUGUGGCAACCGGUCCACCCGAGAACUUUAGUGGGGAGUUUCUAGUGCCGUCUUACAGAGGCUCUUCUUUCCUUGACCCAAAGGGCCGAGGUGGGUCCACCGGUUAUGACAAUGCGGUUGCGCUUCCAGCUGGCGGGCGAGGAGAUGAAGAGGAGCUUGCUAAGGAGAAUGUAAAGAAUGCUGCAUCUUCAACAGGGAAGAUCACCUUGAGUGUUACGUCGAGCAAGCCUGAAACCGGUGAGUUGAUCGGCGUGUUUGAGAGCAUUCAGCCUUCUGAUACCGAUUUGGGCGCCAAAGCUCCGAAAGAUGUGAAAAUUCAAGGUGUGUGGUAUGCUCAGUUGGAGUGAUCGAUCAAAGAGCGUUUUUAACCCGAAUUGUAUUUCGUUUCCUUGGACAUGAUUUUGUGCUCAAUCAUAAAAAGUGGUAUUUUAUAUUUUUAUUGCUUGAAUAUUAUAUAAAAUUCUUCCAAUCAAUGUAA